GUUUUUUUGUUUGUGGGAAAGUGUUAUUAUUUUUAACAAAAUAUUAACAUAAAUGGCAAAAGAACGGCCUGGUGAAUGGGUGGUAUCCCUAAUCACCCGUUUUGAGGAACAGUUACCAUACAAAACUGGCCCACAAACAACACAUUCUCGCAUAAACGAAGAACAGAACAAAAAUUGUCUUAUACAAAUAUCUCGAUACAAAUUUUCCUUAGUAAUCUCAGGUUUAACAAAAAUAUUACAUUUAGUAAACGAACAAUUCCAACCUACAGUAACCGUAGCGCCUAGACAACAUACCAGUGAAAUUGAACGUAACUAUUAUGAAAGUUUAUUAAUUGUUUUGGAUACAUUGGAACGAUGUUUGAGUAACCAACCAAAAGAUACAGCCAAAUUUGAAGAGGCUAUGAAUGUUAAAUUGUUGUUACGAGAAAUCUGUCAAUUUAUAGAUGUAUCAAACGAAAAUCCCAAUGUACAUGCAUUAAAAUUAUUAGCAUGUAAGGUAUUAUUUGCGUUAAGUUUAAAUUUUUUUAAUGCCGUCUUCAAUAGAAUAUCCGCACGCUUACAAGAGUUAUCAACAUGUUCGGAUGAGAAUGCCGAUCACGGUGAUAUUGAACUAAUACAACAUAUAAAUGUUGACAUACAUAGAUUAAUACGUUUAUUACAAGAAACCGUACAAAAAUUUAAAUUAUUAAAAAAGGCUGCACAAUUAUCAUUAAUGAUGUCACUGGAGAAAGCAAUCUGGAACUGGAUGGACACAUAUCCACAUGAAUUUGAUCAAAUACAAAAAUAUCCGAAUGAAGAACUAUCUAAAUUUUGUGAAUCGUUGUUUGAUAUUUUAGAUACGUUUGCGGAUAGUAAAAAAGGCCGAUCUGUUGUAUGGCCUUUACAAAUUAUGUUAUUAGUUUUAUCGCCUAAAGUUCUAGAAGAAAUAAUAAAUGCGGAUACUGGUGCUCCAUGUUCACCGCGACAUAGCAAGAAAAAACAAUUCAUCGAUUCAGUAAAACGUGGUGUUGCUAUACAUGGUAGUUCCAGUAAACAAUUGACAGAAGCAGCAACAAUAACAUGCGUAAAAUUAUGUAAAGCCUCCACAUACAUCAAUAUAUUAGAUCCUAAUAAUGUGAAUUUUACAUUAGUACAAACAAUUAUCAAUGAUCUCAAAACAUUAUUGUUUAAUCCAACAAAACCAUUUUUUCGUGGACAAAAUUUUAUUUAUCAAGAUAUUGAUAUGAUGAUUGAUUGCUUUGUAUCAUGCUUUCGUAUAAAGCCUCAUAAUAAUGAGGCACUCAAAGUCUGUCUUAAUUUAAAUUUUCCAUCUACGUACCAUUUUGUACUUGUCAGCAGUUUAUACAAAAUUGUUACACAACCAAGAUUACCAUGGUGGCCUCAUAUAGAUUAUUUAUAUAGUCGAUCGUCUGAAUUACGGGCCAUGUUUACCGAUACAUUAAAUAAAGUUACUCAGGGUUAUAUAACACAUACACCAUUACGAAUGAUACAAAGUUUAACAUUAAAAGGUAAAGAUUCACAAACCAAAUAUAAAGAACGAGCUGAAGAUGUACCUGGAUAUAGAAAUCUACUAUUGUAUAUGGUACGUUUAAUACAUGCGGAUCCAAUGCUUAUGUUGAAUAACCAAGGGAAGGCUGGACAUGAGAUACAAAGUUCAACAUUAGAAUUAAUUAACGGUUUAGUAUCGUUAGUACACCAACCAACAAUGCCAGAUGUGGCACAAGAAGCAAUGGAAGCAUUAUUAGUUUUACACCAUCCAGAAAAAAUUGAAGUUUGGAAUCCUGAAGCACCAAUUAACACAUUCUGGGAUGUAAGCUCUCAAGUAUUAUUCUCAAUAUCACAAAAGUUAAUUCAACAUCAAAUUAUGAAUUACACGGACAUUUUAAAAUGGUUGCGUGAAAUUUUAAUGUGUCGUAAUGCAUUCUUACAACGGCAUAAAGAUUAUGCAAAUGUUGGUUCACAAAUUGCAAUCUGUAAACAAGCUCAUAUUAAAUUGGAGGUUGUUUUCUUCAUGUAUUUGUGGAGUAUUGAUAUGGACGCAGUUCUAACGGCAAUGAGUUGUUUUGCAUUGUUGUGUGAAGAAGCGGAAAUUCGAUGUGGUUCUGAUGAGGUUACCGUUACGUAUUUACUACCAAACUAUCAUUUAUAUCAAGAAUUAGCACAAGCGUCAACGGUUUUAACUACCGCCAGCGGAGAAUCUAGAAUAGGAUUUUAUGAGCAUACUCAUGGUCGAGCCGCAUUACAGAAACGUAUCAUGGCAUUACUUCGUAAAAUUGAACAUUGCGUGAACGGAGUUCAACCAGCAUGGGAAGAAACAUUUCGUAAUUGGGACAUGAUGAGUAAAAGUUUACAAACAUAUCCAAAAGCCAAAUUGGAAGAUGGACAAAUGGAACCAUUCCAUAGAUCUGUUACAAAACGACGUGCAUCUCAUCAAAAUUCAGAACACGAACUAGAAGAACAGAUAAAUGAAUGGGCAAACAUGACCGGUUUUCUUUGUGCACUUGGUGGUGUAUGCCUUCAGCGUAAAUCACCAUCGAGACCAACACUAUCUACUGCAUCCCAUUCAAGUUUAUCUUGUAUCGUCUCCAUGAUGGCAUCUUCUGGAGGUGGAAAUAGUUCUUCUUCAAUUUGUUCGCUAAGUGAUCGAACGAGUUUGGGUGCAAAAUCAAAUACACUUGUUAACAGUAGCCAAGAUGUACAAUACUGUCCUGUUACCCAAUUCGUUAAUCUGUUGUUGCGGUUAUUGGUUUGUAACAAUGAAAAAUUCGGACCACAAAUUCAAAAACAUGUACAAGAUUUAGUUGGGCAUGAAAUGUCAUCGGCGUUGUAUCCAAUUCUGUUUGAACAAAUUAAAUCGAUUGUGGAUAAAUUUUUUGAUCAACAAUUACAAGUUGUGGUUACGGAAUUUAAUACGCAAUUUAUUGAGCAUAUUAUUUUUAUUAUGAAGAAUAUCUUGGAUUCAAGUCGUAGUGAACAACAACCUUCAGAACAUUUGGGUGUGACCAGCAUUGAAGGCAUGAUGCUUGCCAUUGUUAGAUAUGUUCGUCACCUGGAUAUGACGGUCAAUGCUGUUUACAUGAAGACUAAGCUCUGUCAAUUAGUGGAAGCUAUGAUGAAACGACGAGAUGAUCUUGCAUUCCGUCAAGAAAUGAAAUUCCGUAAUAAACUUGUAGAAUAUUUAACCGAUUGGGUAAUGGGUACGUCACAUCAAAUAGCACCACCUGGUUCUGGAGAUGUUACAGCUAUUACAAGAGACCUUGAUCAAGCUUGCAUGGAGGCUGUUGCUGCUUUACUCAGAGGACUUCCCUUACAACCAGAAGAAUCCGAUCGUGGUGAUUUAAUGGAAGCUAAAAGUCAACUUUUCUUAAAAUAUUUCACCUUAUUCAUGAACCUACUGAACGAUUGUAAUGACGCAGCUGAUGUCGACAAAGAUGUUGCAUCACGUCAACGCAUCGGGCCAAAUAAACACAACACGUUACGUAACGCAACCAUUCAAGCAAUGUCAAAUUUACUCUCAGCAAAUAUUGAUAGUGGUCUAAUGCACUCGAUUGACUUAGGAUACAAUCGUGAUUUACAAACUAGGGCUGCAUUUAUGGAAGUAUUAACAAAGAUUUUACAACAGGGUACAGAAUUCGAUACAUUAGCGGAAACUGUUUUAGCGGAUCGUUUUGAACAAUUAGUUCAAUUGGUAACGAUGAUUAGUGAUAAAGGAGAGCUACCAAUCGCUAUGGCUUUGGCUAAUGUUGUUACGACAUCUCAAAUGGAUGAACUUGCACGCGUGUUUGUGACACUCUUUGAUGCGAAACAUUUAUUAUCACCAUUGCUUUGGAACAUGUUUUAUCGGGAAGUCGAAGUUUCGGAUUGUAUGCAAACUCUAUUUCGUGGGAAUUCCCUUGGUAGUAAAAUAAUGGCGUUUUGUUUUAAAAUAUACGGCGCAAGCUAUCUUCAAUGUUUGUUAGAACCAUUAAUUCGACCGUUGCUUGAAGAACCUACAUGUAGUUUUGAAGUCGAUCCAGCUCGCAUCGAUCCAAACGACGAUAUUGAGGAAAAUCGAAAGAAAUUAAUCAACUUAACACAAAAAGUUUUCGAUGCAAUUGUCAAUUCAGCUGACAAAUUUCCUCCACAACUCCGGUCCAUGUGUCAUUGUUUGUAUCAAGUGUUGAGCAAAAGAUUUCCACAAUUCCCACAAAAUAAUAUUGGAGCAGUGGGAACAGUAAUUUUUCUACGCUUCAUUAAUCCAGCUAUAGUUUCGCCACAAGAGAUGGGAAUUGUUGCAAAACAUGUCCCACCAUCAGUGAAACGAGGGUUAAUGUUAAUGUCCAAAAUUUUACAAAAUAUUGCGAAUCAUGUCGAAUUUAGUAAAGAACAACAUAUGUUAUUCUUUAACGAUUUUCUCCGGGCACAUUUUGAGAUUGGACGAAGAUUUUUCAUCAAUAUUGCUUCAGAUUGUGAGACCGUUGAUCAAGCAUCCCAUUCAAUGUCUUUCAUUAGUGAUGCAAAUGUGUUGGCGUUACAUCGCCUACUUUGGAAUCACCAGGAACGUAUUGGGGAUUAUUUAUCUAGUAGUCGUGAUCAUAAAGCUGUUGGAAGGCGCCCAUUUGAUAAAAUGGCAACGUUACUUGCAUAUUUAGGUCCACCAGAACAUAAACCCGUUGAUUCGCAUUUAUUAUUCUCAUACGCCCGAUGGAGUUCUAUAGAUAUGUCAUCAACGAAUUUCGAGGAAAUUAUGGUUAAACAUAACAUGCAUGAAAAAGAAGAGUUCAAAUCGAUUAAAUCGUUAAAUAUCUUCUAUCAAGCGGGGACGAGUAAAGCUGGAUUUCCAAUUUUCUACUACAUUGCCCGUCGAUAUAAAAUCGGUGAAACCAACGGCGAUUUAUUAAUUUAUCACGUAAUUUUAACUUUAAAACCAUUCUGUCAUUCGCCAUUUGAACUAGUGGUGGAUUUUACACAUACUUGUUCGGAUAAUCGAUUUCGAACGGAAUUUUUACAAAAAUGGUUUUAUGUACUACCCGAAGUUGCCUACGAUAAUAUUCACGCUUGCUAUAUUUAUAAUUGUAAUAGUUGGGUCCGAGAAUAUACAAAAUUUCAUGAUCGAAUUCUAGCCCCGCUAAAAGGUAAUCGAAAAUUAAUAUUUAUCGAUUCCCCAACAAGGCUUAACGAUUUAAUCGAUGUUGAUCAACAAAAAUUACCUGGAGCUACACUUAGUUUGGAUGAAGAUUUAAAAGUAUUUAACAAUGCAUUAAAAUUAUCUCACAAGGAUACAAAAGUGGCGAUCAAAGUUGGACCAACUGCGAUACAAAUUACUUCGGCGGAAAAAACCAAAGUUCUAUCUCAUUCAGUGCUUCUAAACGAUGUUUACUAUGCGUCGGAAAUUGAGGAAGUGUGUUUAGUCGACGAUAACCAAUUUACGUUAACGAUAGCGAAUGAAAGUGGACCUUUGAGUUUUAUCCAUAACGAUUGUGAUAGCAUUGUACAAGCUGUCAUACAUAUUCGAAAUCGUUGGGAACUAAGUCAACCAGAUUCGGUGACUGUUCAUCAAAAGAUUCGUCCAAAAGAUGUACCUGGUACGCUAUUAAAUAUGGCAUUAUUAAAUUUAGGAUCUUCAGAUCCAAACUUAAGGACUGCGGCUUAUAAUCAACUAUGUGCGUUAACUGCAACAUUUGAUUUGAAAAUUGAAGGGCAGUUGUUGGAAACAUCUGGCUUGUGUAUACCGUCCAAUAAUACUAUUUUUAUUAAGUCGGUUAGUGAAACAUUAGCUACAAAUGAGCCACAUCUAACGUUGGAAUUUUUGGAGGAAUGUAUUCAAGGUUUUCGUGUAUCAACGAUUGAAUUGAAGCAUUUGUGUUUGGAAUAUAUGACACCAUGGUUGGCAAAUUUAGUUCGAUUUUGCAAACCAUCAGAAGAAAAUAAACGUCAAAAACAAGUCGCACAAAUAAUUGAAAAACUAAUAAUUUUAACAAUUGAAGAAGUUGAAAUGUAUCCAUCAAUACAAGCAAAAAUUUGGGGUUCAAUUGGUCAAGUACCUGAAUUAAUUGAUAUGGUUUUAGAUAAUUUUAUACAUAGAUCUGUAACAUCAGGCCUUGGAUCACCAAUGGUUGAAAUUAUGGCGGAUACAGCUGUUGCGUUGGCAUCAGCAAAUGUUCAACUUGUUGCAAAGAAAGUUAUUGGCAGACUUUGUCGAGUUGUGGAUAAAACUUGCACAUCGCCAACACCACUUUUGGAGCAACAUAUGAUGUGGGAUGACAUUGCAAUUUUAGCACGUUAUCUACUUAUGUUAUCAUUCAACAAUUGUUUGGAUGUGGCAAGACAUUUACCAUAUUUAUUCCAUACUGUCACGUUUCUAGUAUGUUCUGGAUCAUUAAGUAUGCGUGCAUCAACUCAUGGUUUAGUUAUAAACGUAAUUCAUUCGCUAUGUACCUGUACAAAACCAAGCUUUUCGGAAGAAACCCAACGGGUGCUACGAUUAUCGUUAGAUGAAUUCUCCUUACCUAAAUUUUACUUACUUUUCGGUAUUAGCAAAGUAAAGUCUGCAGCAGUAACUGCAUUUCGAUCAAGCUAUCGUCAUCCCAGUGAAAGGUGGUUUGGUAAUGAACGUAGUUUUUCUGGUAAUGCAAACGAUCGUGAACGAUUAUCGUUAACAUCAUUGGAAGUAAUUACUGAUGCACUUUUGGAAAUUAUGGAAGCGUGUAUGCGAGAUAUACCUGAUUGUGAUUGGCUAACAACUUGGACAUCAUUAGCUAAAAGUUUUGCAUUUUGUUUCAAUCCAGCGUUACAACCUCGUGCGCUUAUUGUCUUUGGUUGUAUUAGUAAGAGUGUGACGGAUCAAGAUAUUAAACAAUUAUUACGAAUAUUAGUUAAGGCUUUGGAAAGUUUUAAUGAUGUACAACUUUUGGAAGCGAUUGUUAUGUGUUUGACAAGAUUACAGCCGUUAUUGCGGCCAGAAUCGUGUAUACAUCGUGCAUUGUUUUGGAUAGCAAUAUCGGUGUUACAAUUAGAUGAAGCUUCGUUAUAUGCCUCUGGUUUAGCAUUGAUUGAACAAAAUUUACACACAUUGGAUUCACAAGGAUUGUUUGAUACCAAACCAAUCGACCAAGUUUUGAUGGCAACUCGUGAACCAUUAGAAUGGCAUUUUAAACAAUUAGACCAUGCAGUAGGCUUAAGCUUCAAAUCAAAUUUUCAUUUUGCGUUAGUUGGUCAUUUAAUCAAAGGUUACCGACAUCCUACACCGACUACUGUGUCUCGAACAGCUCGUGUUUUAACAAUGCUUCUAACAAUUGUUGCCAAACCACAAGGCAGAGAUAAAUUUGAAGUUACGCCUGAUAGUAUCGCAUAUUUAACAGCUUUGGUAAGUGUAUCGGAGGAAGUCAGAAGUCGAUGUCAUGUUAAACAUUCGUUGCCACGAUGGAUCACCGAUUCAAUGUCACAAGAUAAUUUUUAUGUGGACAGUUUAACAAAUGGCACUGCAGCUACUAAUGGUACCAGUAACAAUCACAUGAUAUUAAGUAGACGACAAAAGUCCUGGGAUUUAUUGGAUCAAAAUGCGAUUGCUAUGGCCCGACAACAUAAACAACAUACCGCACAUCAGGACCGAAGUGCGAGAGUAUCAGUGAGUAAUGAAAAUAAUAUAUUAUUAGAUCCUGAAGUAUUAAAUGAAUCAACACAAGCAUUAGUGUUAACUGUAUUAGCUACUUUAGUUAAAUAUAGUACAGACGAACGUGAAUUGAGAAUUUUAUAUCAAUAUUUAGCUGAAGGUUCUGUUGUAUUUCCACGAAUUUUUCCGGUCAUAAAUAAUUUACUUGACCAAAAAAUCAAUAAUAUCGUACAGCAAUGUCAUGAUCAAGUAAUUUUAAAUGCUGUCCAAAGUAUUAUCCAAAAUAUGAUUGCAUCUGAGGACUCAGGUCAACAACAAUUGCAUUACAUACAAAGUUGUGGAUUUGGUGGUUUGUGGCGUUUUGCUGGAUCAUUUUCAAAGUGUGCUUGCAAUGCAGAAAGCAGUGAAUUAUUUGUAAAUUGCUUAGAAGCAAUGGUUGAAACAUGUUUACCCGCUGAAUUUGAAUCGGGUGAUUCAUCGGCAUGUAAAAUUCAACAGUAUCCAUCAAUGUUAAGCGUUAGUUCAAACAUGAAUUUAUCAUCAAGUUUGUCAAGUUUAACGUUAGGUUCACCAACUGAAAAAGAAGCGACUGUCGAUAGUGAAGCAGGCAUUGUAAAUACAUCAACGUCAAAUGUAAAUCGUGCUUCAUUUAAUAAACAACGAAGCUUAAAAUCAAAAUCAUCAUUAGUGCAUAUACAUCAUCAUAAAGAUUUAACGCCAUAG